UAAAUAAUUUGGGUGUCAUACAUAUAGAAUAUAUUAUUAAAGGCAAAAAGCGUAAAGCAUGAAGCAAACAUUAAGGAAUCAAUGUUACUGGGAUGUUAUCGAAUAUCACCAAAACAAUACCUUAGAAAGGGCUAGGGUAGGUAUAGGCUAGGCUCAUAUAAUUGAUUGAUUUUUUUCAACCAUAUGUAAUCGUUUGCAAUGUUGUUAACUUCAUUCAUAUUGCUUUGAUUCUUUUACAAUUCUUAAAGGCUCUCAGAUACCCUUGGAGAAAAGAUCACUGAAGAGGCACACUGAUCUGGAGAAGGUCUUGCUCAGCCUGCCUCCCUCCUUCAAAAUAUACUACUCAUGGAUAUCUGACGGCGACAUGCUGGGAGUGAACUUUCAGGUGGAUGUAAAGGACACAUUUACCAACAUGACAGAGAAACUGACAGAGUUCCCCUUCCUGAGAGUGACACCUCCACUCCACCUCAAGGCAGCAGGGCAGCAUGGGCCAUUGCCUGUACUUCUGAGUGAAGAUAAUCUUGGCAUUUGUCUGUGCAAAGAUAAACAGCAGCCAAAACAGAUUCAUGUGAUGAAUUUUCUCAGUGGUAAAGAAGAACUUGUGGAUUUGGAGGAACUAGCCAGCAGAAUUGGUAAUCUUUCGGAUGACCAGAAAUUGCUGACUUGCAGGACUCCAAAAGAAGCAAUACUGGUGCUGAUGGAUACCAGUUCCUCCAUGGAGGAGGAAUGUGAGCUGAAAAUGAGGAAAAUAGAUGCUGUGAAGGAGCUAUUUGACAGCUUUGCAUCAAGGACCAUGGCCUAUGAUUUCUAUCACGUGAUUGGCCUCAUGGGGUUCAGCACAGACGUGAAACUCCUGCAUACAUUUAAAGAAACUCUGGAAACAUUCAAGCAAUCUCUGCGUAACCUUCAACCGAAUGGCCGGACUGUUCUGUACGAUGCCCUGCAACAAGGAGUGAAGGAAAUGGAGGAAGUGAAGAAGAGGUUCCCUGAUUGUAGACUUCGCAUCAUAUGUCUCACAGAUGGAAACAAUGUUGGGUCAACAGUUAAACCUGAAACUGUUGCAGUAAAUCUGAUCAAAUCCAACAUCAUUGUUGAUUCCGUCUUAAUUGGAAAAGUCGAUAACAGCAUGCUUCAUGGAAUCAGCAUCGCCACAGGGGGUUGCUGUUUCAAGCCAGAAACACUGACGGAUGGCCUCAAACUUUUUGAAUGUGAGACUGUUCUUUCUUUGGAAAUGAGAAAACCCAGGAAAAAACUUGAUCCAUCCUCCAUCACAAGUGAGACCGUUUUAACAAGCAUCUUUGCACAACAAGGCUAUGAUGACCUCCCAGAGACCUCUCUGCCAAGCGGGUUUAACAACACAGUGACCGUUGCACAGAAUGCUUUCAAAAGUCUAAGAUCGAAAAAAUAUUCCUCAAUGGAGAGGGGCAAACGUGUACUAGAGGAGUUGAGAAUCCUGCAUUGUCACCCUCAUCCCUACUUCAGUGUCUUCCCAUCCGACUCAGACUUCUCGUUUUGGAAGAUUCUGAUGCAGGGUCCCCCUGCCACGCCUUAUGAGAAUGGCACCUUUAAACUGUACUGUCAGUUUGGUCCGGAUUAUCCCGUGAAGCCUCCAACAAUCCGCUUUGUGACAGCUAUUUACCACUGUAAUAUCAACAGUUCUGGGCGGAUAUGUCACAACAUAUUUGACCACGGCUACAAUGCCCACAUCACCAUGAAGGAGAUCCUAGAAGCUGUUUAUGGACUGCUCAUCGCCCCUGAGGCUGAUGAUCCACUAGACAGCAUUUUGGCCGAGAAAUUAGUUUCCAGCCGUGAGGAGUAUACACAAGAAGCCAGGGACCAAACCGCCAAAACCGCCGCCAAGUCCUUCGAUGAAAUGGAGCAGGAAUUGGUUGGUCAGGUUCCUGUUCCGAUGGCACCCAGGCAUUUGUCAUGUUUUAUCACUGGGAAGCUUUUUGUGGACCCUGUUAAAACGAAGUAUCAUACAGUCUACGAGCGAAGGGCCAUCGAGGAUUUUCUUAAAACGGGAAUGUUUGAUCCACAAAUGGGGAAAGACUUCCCUUUCGGGUUGUCAGAUCUCAUACCAGAUCCAGAAAUGAAGCAGAGGCUGACGAUUUUCCGACUUCAUCAAAUCGUGUCUAAGCUCACCCAGCGGGGAACGUUUGCCGGUAACGACGCCAUUAGGGCUUUCGCCGGCAGCAGUACCUGUAGCCCCCCGUUCAUGGAGCAGCGGCAGCAUUUCUCCAAUCAGCUGGAGUGCCUGGGCCUCAAGCUGAGAGAAAUAAUUGAAGAUGGGAACUGUCUGUUCAGAGCUUUGGGGGACCAGCUGGAGGGACACUCCCGGGGACACUUAGAGCUGCGCAAAGAGACGAUCCAGUACAUGAGAUCCCAUCCGAAGGACUUUGAGUCCUUUGUGUCCGGCGUCUCCUACGCAGAUCACUUGUCUGAGCUCGCCCAAUGGGGAACGUUUGCCGGUGCAGUCGCCAUUCAAGCUUUCGCCAGCAGAAGGAAACUGAAAGUGGUCAUUCACCAGCUGAACUCCAAGCUGUUGGUGCGUUCUUCUUCGCAGAUCCAAGACCUUGAGAAGCAUGCCUGCAUAGAGUUGCACAUCGCCUUUUGCCACGGCAACCAUUAUGACAGCGUCCGCCGCAUCGGAGACGACUCUGAAACCCCAGCCCAGCUACGCAUAGAGGAAUUGGUUCCGAAGACACCAAGCCAUUUGUUAUGUUCACUCACUGGGAAGAUUAUUGUGGACCCUGUUAAAACAAAGUAUGAUACAGACUACGAGCGAAGGGCCAUCGAGGAAUAUCUUAAAACGGGAAUGUUUGAUCCACAAAUGGGGAAAGACUACCCGCUCGGGUUGUCAGAUCUCAUACCAGAUCCAGAAAUGAAGAAGAGGGUAGCGUUUUUCCGACUUCAUCAAAUUGAAUAACUAUCUACUACUUUGGCUUCUUUGAUCGGUAAACAUUGAUUCCUCCAUGUGUUCCGGCAUCAUGGAUUGUUUUUUACAUUUGAAAGAUCAAACAAUAAUCACUGUACAUUCUUGUCAAAAGGGAAAUGGCAAAUACUUAAUAAUUUGUCUGCUUUCUCACUGUAGCAGGUUGUGUUAAUGCAUCACUGGGUUUGGAAUGCAGUUAGCAGCGACAAACAACAUAUUUCCCAAACUUGAAGGAGACCAUGCUGAACUCUGCUGAAAACCCCUAUCAAGCCUAUUUUUAGCUAUUCAUUAGAAUUACAAUUUUAACUUCGUCAUAGGUUUUUUUAGACAGAUCUGUUUUAAAUAGACCAAUGUUCCAAAAAGGAGCUAUAGUUAUAUUUCCUAAACUCAGUUCGUACUCUCACCUGAUGAGCAAUAGUUCCAAUCAUUUGUAUCACUGUUGAUUUCAUUUUAUAUUUUACGCCACUAUAUCAUUCCACAAGAAUUAUUUGAUUACAUGAACAUAUUUAGAAUGUGUGCUUGAAAUAUGCAGGAACCGCAAUCAUUUACUUAUAGAAUUUAGUCAUCAGCUCAUACGCCAAAGAAAUAGAUCUGGCCCAUAUGGAACCUGGUUGUAAUAUAAGCUUGUCGUUGAUUUAUUUUAGUACUGUUUGUGCAAUUCAAUGUUCUUUUAUUUUAAUAAUGCUUAAACUCAAAGAACAGCAUUUAAUUUCUGAAUGAAUUGAUCAGUUAAUCAAUCAGUUUUAAAUCAUGCUUGUUGUAUGGAGGGUAAAAAAAACGAUUUAUCAUAUAUUUUUAUCACUGGGGCAGAUCUUUAUCCGUCACCUAUAUCUUAUUAAGGCUAGUGCUUUUAUAAUAAAUAACAGCCAUGGGGAAUAAAUAGUUAUUUUUUCUUGAAAUAUAUAACCUUAAUUACAGUAUGUUUUGCAGUAAGUGAUUGAUAAAUAUGAUUGGUUUAAUCCAGAGUUCACAUCAUUAGUUGUGUGUUUUUAUUGAAUGGUAAGGGUUAGACUCCCAGUGAGACGGCAUGAUUAAACCCACAUUCAAGUAAACUCUGUAAUUUUAUAUGAUUCAAACCAUGCCAAAUUGUUGCCAUUUUAUUUGCAAUUGUAUUUGAAACAUGAAAUUGGAUUAAGCAUUUCAUGAGGAAAAAAAAAAAAUACGGUGAACUAUGUAACGUUAAAUGUAAACCCUAAUAAAGUCAAACUUUUGAAACAAAGAUAAUAUGCUGCAGCUUCUACAU